CUAAUGCGCCGUGUUAAGUAAGGAAACGUGUCCCAGGUGUGUGGGGGUAAAAGAUAGCACCAGGUAUACUAUACACAGGUGUUCAUUGUUGAUGAGUCUAUUACGACAUUACCGUGAUAUCAUACUUACCUGUAAUUUACCUGGGCUUCAACUCAUCAGCAAACACAGUGAGGUGAACUUCAAGUUGUGUGACUGACCACCAAAUGACCAUGAACAACAAAACACCUCCCGUAUCAAGUCGAAUACUCACAGAUGUGCCAUGCCGUGUCUGCCAAGAUCAUUCAUCAGGGAAACACUAUGGAAUAUUCGCUUGUGACGGAUGCGCUGGGUUUUUCAAGAGAUCUAUACGACGCAACAGACAGUAUGUAUGUAAAUCUAGAUCUCAAAACAACUGUCCAGUAGACAAAACACACCGGAACCAGUGUCGGGCAUGUAGACUUAACAAGUGUGUCAAAGUGGGCAUGAACAAAGACGCCGUUCAACACGAAAGAGGUCCUCGUAGUUCAACUCUUCGACGUCAGGUGGCCAUGUAUUUGAGAGAAUCGUCUGAGUUAAGUUCGAUGAUGGCCAGCACUCCUCUCCAAACUCCUUACUUCCCAGGCGGUUACUACCUUAAACCCAUGUGUGAGAGCAUACCUGUUCCAGUCAGCUCCCACGAACAUCCCGUAAUGUCACACCCAGGGAUGAUCCUACAGCCAACUCCCAGGUAUCCUCAGGAAUUGUUGCCGAGUUACAUAAACAACCCGGACACUAUAUGCGAGGUGGCUGCCCGUCUAUUGUUCAUGAGUAUAAAAUGGACUAAGAAUGUACCCGCCUUUAUCGGUCUACCACAACGGGAUCAGACAAUCCUACUGGAAGAAAGCUGGAAAGAAUUACUCGUCCUUAAUAUCUGUCAGUUUCAACUUCCAGCUGAGGCUCUAUUAGGUGCAGCAGGGAGACACCCAGAAGCUGCUGGAAGUUCAGAACAGAUCGCCUCCAUAGUGACGGAGAUAAGAUCUCUUCAGGAAACGAUGACCAAAUUUAAAUGUCUUAAUGUCGACCCAACGGAAUAUACAUGUCUUAAAGCCAUAGUCCUAUUUAAAACAGGAAUACACCGCUCACCAAACGACAUAAAGACUCUUCGAGAUUUCCACGCUGUUGCUACCCUGCAAGACCAGGCACAACUCACCCUGAACAAGUACAUAGAAACCGCAUAUCCAUCACAGCCAUUCCGGUUCGGAAAAUUACUUUUACUACUUCCGUCUCUCAACGCCAUAUCAGGAAAGACAAUCGAGGAAAUGUUUUUCAAGAAAACAAUAGGCCAUAUCCCGAUCGAAAAACUUAUCAUUGAUAUGUUCAAAUCAGGAGAAAUUUAGAUAAAAAACAAUCGUGUAAAAAGACAAUAUUGUGAUUAAGAUCAUUAAAGACUUCAAGAAAGUGUCAUCUGACAAGUGUACGCGAUGGAAGCAGGACAUUUUAUAUUUGACAACACUAAGCAAACAUGCCCUGUUGUUCUCUUCUAUAAACAGGAAACAUGUAAGAUAUACAUAAUCAAUGAGUUCAUCCACUUGAUAUAUGAUAAAUACAAUUAUGAAUUGUAAUGAGCAUUACCACUACUACAUAGUGCAUAAUGAUAGUUCUCAAGGUUUCAAAUGAACAUCUUUAUGAAAAGUGUCUAAUUUUCGCUCACAGUCAGGUUAUCAUUAAUAUUUUGACUUUAAACGAUAAUGGCAUUUAUUUACCACAUGUAAGACAUGUUCAUAUUUCACGAAUAUUAAUCGUUAUGAAUUUUUUUUAUUUCUGUUUCAUUACACAUUUUUACGCAAUCGUUUCAACAUUGUAUCUGUUAUCGUUUGAAAAUGUUGAUUUACACCCUCAGAGUGGUUCGUGCUGUCAGCCUCUGUGCAAUAAAAAAGAUGCAUUAGUUACACAGUAACCAAACGCAUAAGUGCUAAACAUCCUGUUACCAUUUACUGUUAUCAUUUCUUAUACCCUACACAUACCCUUAUAUCUGAUGGUUGGGUACUACAAUCAUUUCCUUAUCAAAUGUCUCAACACAAGGGAGCAUGUAUAAUUCCCUGUCGUUGUAUCAUCCUGUUGUUUGAUUUCAAAGAAAUCAUUAGCCUUUUGAUCAGUUAACACUUGUUCUUUUGAAACGUUUCUUGAUAAGCCUGACUAAAUGUACUUAUAACAUCUUGGAUUGGGAGAGUAUUUCAAAUGUGUUCAUUAAAACAGCUAUUUGUGUUCAAUAUUUAUUCAUUAUGAAUCAUAUGUUGAACGAAGUUCUCUUAAAAAGUUUAGUUUUUUGCGUCAUCAUGGUUCCAUUUUGUAUAAUUUUCCAACGUUCAUGUAUAAAUGUAAUAUUGAUUCUUUGUUUCAAAUUCUCAACUGCAGUUAAAUGAAUGUACAAAUUCAUGUGCACAUUUCGCUCGAUUAUACUUGCAAAACGGCACGGUUUUUUUUCUUGUAAAUCAAAAACUUACUCUGUAUAUGUUACGAUAUAGUAGGAUAGUCUAUAUGUAUCCAGAUACCUACAUUUGAAUCAAGUGCCAAAUAUGUAAUGUAAUUACUAUGUUUAUUGUUGUAAUUAAAGUAGCCAUUGUAUUGUAUAAUACCUAUUGUUUAGUGGUAGACAAAACAUUUAUAUCAUCUCCGUGAACACUUUUGUAUCAUAUCAAAAUAUUUGUGUCAAAUAUAGUGUGUCGGAUCAUCUGUGGGAAAUGAAAUAGGACAAGUUUACUUUACCUAUACCGAUUGUAUGACGUAAUUAUGUAUCAUUAUUUAUGAUAAUCAAUAAAAGAUUCUGCAGCAGAA